AUGGUUGGAGCUAAGUGGUUGGGCAUACAUCAGCGGGACUUGCUGCAAACGAACACCAAUGAACAGGUACUGUUGACAUUUAUUGUUUCAUCUUUGGUCCUGUUGGGGUCAUGCAAUGGGUCCGAUAGAAACAAAAGACAGUUGAUGUAUCCACCUGAGAGUAUAAUGCAGCUCGCCUUCGCGGUGAUCACUCCAGGAGAAGUUAAAGGAAGGAUGUUGACUACUAACCUAGGUAUCAUGUUCAACAUAAACCUACCAACCAACAUCAGCACCUGGUACCCUUGGCGCACUGACUACCGGAGAAGACGCUCCACUGAUGACAUCCAUCUCACCUUCUACUCUCUGAUCGAGAGCAUGCUUAACUUAAAUGGUUUGGACGGAAGAGCAUGUCUCCAAAAAAGUUUUUGCCAGAUGAAAGAAUCUCCUAUUGGUCACCAUGAUCUUCCUCACCAACUGCUCAAUAUUAUUUUUGGGUUGACAUUUAUUGUUUCAUCUUUGGCCCUGUUGGGGUCAUGCAAUGGGUCUGAUAGAAACAAAAGACAGUUGAUGUAUCCACCUGAGAGUAUAAUGCAGCUCGCCUUUGCAGUAAUCACUCCAGGAGAAGUUAAAGGAAGGAUGUUGACUACUAACCUAGGUAUCAUGUUCAACAUAAACCUACCAACCAACAUCAGCACCUGGUACCCUUGGCGCACUGACUACCGGAGAAGACGCUCCACUGAUGACAUCCAUCUCACCUUCUACUCUCUGAUCGAGAGCAUGCUUACCUUAAAUGGUUUGGAUGGAAGAGCAUGUCUCCAAAAAAGUUUUUGCCAGAUGAAAGAAUCUCCUAUUGGUCACCACGAUCUUCCUCACCAACUGCUCAAUAUUAUAUUUGGCCACAAUCAAAAUCAAAAGGAUAUAAUUCUGGAAGCCAACCAAACAAACACCUGUGAUGCUAUACAGUCUCAUAUUUCCAACAUUCAAGAAACCUUCUCAAAUGGUACCGAAGCUGUUUGUGUUGAUGAUUCUGGCAACAGGGGAGACCAUUCCUCAAGAGAUCUUUCCCAACAUGACACCAUGUCUUCUGAAUCUCUUGUAAAUUCUACUGAUCUAACCAACAUAGACACUGCAAACUUUACAUCACCAACUACUGAGCUGCACCCUACUGUCUCCGGUCCUGCACUGCUGGAGUCUGCACUCAGUGAUAAAGUGAGAGUGUCUCCGGGUGUUCUCACUUACAGUGAGACACUAAAGCAGAGUAAUGGUGUGUGUGCGGGGGUUGCUGUGAUCAGCCCAAGUAUCCCCUAG